AUGGCGCCUCGCCGGAGCGCUGCCGAGGAGCCUGAAGAGCCUGAGCAAGACGACAGGACCGUCACCCUCCAGUUCAAUGACGCUCUGACAUGGCGCCCCGGCAAGCCCAUCCCCAUCGACCAGCUGCUCAAGCGCCUCGACCGCCUCUCCAAGGAGCUCGGCGAGAUGGAGCAAGAUGUCGUUGACCCAGACUCGUUGACCAAGGUCGCCAAGGAGCUCAUAUCUCACCAGCUGCUGAACCACAAGGACAGAGGCGUGAGGGCCUACGUCGCCUGCUGCGUCGCCGACAUACUCAGACUCUGCGCCCCCAAUGCCCCCUUUACCAUGUUGCAGAUCAAGGAUUUCUUCAAUCUCAGCCUGACCAAUCUGAUACCCGCCCUCUUCGACCCUUCUAAUUCUUACAACAACCAGCACAGAUACCUGCUUAGCUCUCUGGCUGAGAUUAAGAGCAUCGUCCUCCUCCUCGAGGUCGACGGCCAUGAAAACCUUAUGCUGCAUCUCUUCUCCAAAAUCUUUGAUGGCGUCGGCACCAAGUCGAUUUCCGGCGAGCAGGUCGCAAAGGAUGUCGAGUUCACCAUGCAGGAGCUGCUCGGUGCGCUCAUCGACGAGGCUGUUACUUUGCCCGCCUCGGUCAUUGAUGUCAUCAUGGCCCAGUUCCUCCGGGCUGCUGCGCCAGGUGGCCACGACCAUGUACCCAUCGACGGCAACCAGGCAACUCUCUUGCUAAAGGAGGAGCCCGAGGCGUAUCAGAUGGCCAAGAGCUUGUGCCAGCAGUACCCCGAGAAGAUGGCUCGGUUCGUCAGCCAGUAUUUCAGCGACGUUAUAGUAGACUCGACAGGCUUCGCUGGAAGACCUAAUGGCAACAAGGACGGAGAGGAUUUGGACGACGAUGAGGGUCCUACGGGGCCGUCCGAGUCCGACUUGAGGGAGCUGAAGAAGGCGCACAACCUCAUACGCGAAGUCUGGAAAGCUGCACCCAUGAUCCUCCAAAACGUCGUGCCCCAAAUAGAUGCCGAGCUGUCUGCCGACAACGUCCACCUGCGGCAGCUUGCCACGGAGACGCUCGGCGACAUGAUUUCGGGAAUCGGGGCAGCGGGGCCUCCGCCGCCACCGACACUAGAUCCCGCCGCCUAUCCGCCCUUGAAAGUGGACGACGAGGAGAGGACUGACGCUCCAGCUGGGAACAUCCUCACCACACCAAUGUCUGCAAUCUCCUUCUCACAAACACACAGCACCACCUUCCACAACUUCAUCAGCAGGAAAAACGACAAGGCUCCCGCAAUACGUGCCGCGUGGACCUCGGCCGUGGGCUACAUCGUCUCCACUUCAGCCGGCGGCAUCGGUCUCAGCCGCGAGGACGAGACGGCCUUGGUCCAGGGGCUUGGUGAAAAGCUUUCGGACAAUGACGAGAAGGUCAGGCUAGCGGCCGUCAGGGCCAUAGAGUCGUUUAGGUUUCAAGACGUCAUUAGCAAGCUAGCACCCAACGGCGGCGUCGGCAAGGAGGGCUCGGUCUUGUCGACGCUGGCCGACCGCUGUCGCGACAGGAAACCCGCCGUAAGGGUGGCGGCUAUGUCCCUACUGGGCAAACUUUGGGCCGUCGGGACCGGAGAGCUGCUUGCCGGCAACGAGACUGUGGCGGCAGCGCUCGGCGGCGUUCCCAGCCGCAUUUUCAAUGCGUUUUAUGCCAACGACCUCGAACUCAAUGUACUAUUGGACCGUGUCAUCUACGAAUGCCUCGUGCCUCUCGCCUAUCCACCGCCGCCCAAGAAGGGGUCUAAAAGCACGAAUUCUAACGGCAAUUCACAGUCGCAGUCCGCCGCCACGGCGUUUGACCAAGACGCGAUACGGGCAGAGCGCAUCCUCCUUCUCGUCCGCUCUCUCGAGCCAGGCGCAAAGAAGGCUUUCUUUGCCAUGCAAGCAAGGCAGCCGCAAUUCGCCCAGGCUCUCUCAACCUACAUUAAGCACUGCGAUAUGUACAACGGAGGGGUCAUGGAUGAGGAGGCAGAGAAGAAGACCAGCAACCUCAACAAAAUCGCGCAGUAUAUCUCGCAGUUCCUCCCAGACGUCAAAAGCAAGCAAGACCUCUUGAAGUUUGCCAAAGCUAACGACCGCCGGAACUACAAUCUGGUUAAAUAUGUAACUGGGCAGGAACAUGAUUUUAAGACGGUCCAUAAAGCACUCAGAGAGCUCAUCAAGCGAAUUCAGACCAGCAAAGAUCCCCCUGUCAUGGACACCCUCCUCCCUCUGCUCUACCGGUCGGGAUGUAUCAUGUUCAAUCGCAGCCACCUUUCCACCAUCAUGGACUAUAGCAAGUCGGACACGGGCGGGUUGGGGGCAGCUGCACACGAGAUUCUCAAUGAGAUAUCUCAGCGCAAUCCCGACCUGUUCAAGACACAUAUUGGCCAGCUCUGCAAGGACCUAGUUGACCAAGCCCCCACCUCGAAGCGGGAGAACGACCCGGUUGUUGCCGAGACGCUCAAGGCCUGCUCUACUUACGCUCGCAAGUACCCCAAGGACGUACCGGUGGAGAGAGAUUUUACACAGACCAUGAUUAGCUAUGCCCUCUACGGCCAGCCUGCCCGGGCUGCCAAGUACGCCGUCAAUAUCCUCUUGUCCAAGAAGGACGAGAAGAGCAUGCUCAGCGCGACUGAUCUGCUCCAGAGGACCAUGAAGGACUGGAGUUAUGGGUCUACUCAUUUCCUCAACAAGCUUGCCGCCGUCAGCCAGCUGGAGCUGCUUGCUCCAAAGGUAACCGAGGAAGCCGAAGACCGUAUUCUGAACAUGACGGUGCAAAAUAUCCUUUUGGACGUCCGGACUGAUGCCAGUGAGCACGAUCCGAGCUGGGUUAGCGACGCUGACCUAGAUGAAGAGUGUCAAGCCAAAUGCCUCGCUUUAAAGACCUUAGCGAAUAGGCUGCGGAGCAUGGAAGACGUUGCCGAGGCAAAAGAGAAGGCCAAACCUGUCUGGAAGCUUUUUAUGAAGCUCGUCCAGAAGGAUGGAGAAAUUUGCAAGGCGAAGCAGACACCAAAGCAUCACAGAUCGCGGCUUAGACUGCUUGCCGCACAACUCCUGUUGAAGCUGUGCACCAAGAAGCACUUUGACGACCUCCUCUCGCCCGAGGACUUUGACGCGCUUGCCUUUACAACCCAAGACGCCGUGUCAGAGGUCCGCCAUGGCUUCGUCCAGAAACUGCAAAAGUAUUUGGCGGACGGCAAGCUGCGGUCCAGAUACUACACCAUAGUAUUUUUAAUGGCCUUCGAGCCUAACGCCGAAUUUAAACAACGCACGGAAACUUGGAUACGGUCACGGGCGCGACAUUUUGAGUCGCUGAAACAACCUGUUCUCGAGGCGAUCAUGGCCCGGUUGCUAUCACUGCUCGCCCACCACCCCGACUACAGCACCGAGGUUGACAAUCUGGCCGACCACGCCCGAUAUUUGUUGUUUUAUAUCAGCCUGGUGGCGACGGAGUCGAAUCUGGGCUUGAUCUACAAGUAUGCUGAGCGUGUCAAGCAGACGCAGGACGCUAUUGACGUGCAGAGCGAUAAGCACCGGGUUCUGAGCGACUUGGUGCAGUCUGUAAUUCGUAAAUGGCAGGAAAAGAAGAACUGGGUUUUCAGCGCCUACCCUGGCAAGGUUGGACUGCCGCUUGGUCUCUGUCUAGCCCUCAAGUCCCACAACGAGGCUCAGGAGAUCGCUGAGCGGCAGUACAUCCCUGAGGGCAUGGAUGAUAAACUUGAUGAGCUUCUCCGGGCCAUUGAGCGCAAAAAGAAGCGGAGGACAGCUGAUGACCGCGCCGAGGCACACCCAGCUAGCAAGAAAGCCAAGGUGUCGCCAAAGGUAGCCCAGCCGAAAGAGCCCAAAGCGCCCAAGAGCGCGACGAGAAGGGCUUCCUUGAAGGCGAGGAAGCCUACGACCAAGCCCAAGAAGUCGUCGUCAAGCUCAGCAAUGAACGAUGCCGACCGCCGUCGUAGUGGGCGUUCAAACGCCAAUAGGUCGUAUAUCGAGCGCGAUUCUUCCGAAGAUGACCAAGAAAUGCUCGGUGGCGUUGCCGAGUGGGAGUACAUGAGCCAGAGUGGAUCCGACAACGAUGAAGAAGAUGACGACGGCGAUGACUCCCCGGCCGAGGAAACCGGUAAUAAGGAAACGUCCACAGCUCCCCCUCGAGAUGCAGAAGAAGAAAGCGAGCUAUCGGAGCCGGAGGAAGUCUCGGAGCCUGAGGAGGAGGGCGAAGGAGAAGAAGAGGAAAAAGAAGUAUCGCCUCCUCCCACUCGAGCGCCUAAUGGACGGAAAGGCAGGAGUGCUGCCGCGACCAAAGCCAAGCCUAAGCCGAAAGCGGUUCCAAAGCCCAAGGCAGUGAAGCCUGCGGCCCGGUCAACACGGGCCAGGAAAAAGGCAGACGAAGAUGAAAUGGACGAAGAGGGCGAUUGA